AUGCUUUUUCGACCUUUCUUCUCUCUCAAGCAAACCACGCAGACAUUCAAAGCAGCAAGCCACUAUGGUGGCUUGUUGUCCAUGUUUGCACCAUCAUCGUGCGUGCAAAAAACCAUUCAUCAUCAGCACCACACCAACCCUGCAGCUCUCAUCAUGAUCGGACAAACUAGUAAUUUAUUAUUUUCAUCAAAUACAACAUCCUCUUCUACCAAAAGUUAUCAUUCCUCCUUGCUCAUGAGAUCAACUCAACAAGAGGAAAAUGAAGAUGAAGAUGUCUAUCUUGACCGUGUUGCUGCUGAGCUUGAUAUUCAAUGGACUUCUUAUUUCAAAGCUAGAUCUCUAAAUAGAAAAUCGGCCGAUCGACUCCGAAGAGGUAGACAGCUUCUUGUUGCAUCUCCAGAAGAUCUUGGAAUUGAAGAAAUGGUAAAACCAAUUAAUUAUGAAAUUCCUGAUCAUUUUACUCACUAUCGAUUGAUUCGUAUUUCGGAUGGAACCAUGAUUGGUGAAAAGGUCCCAAGAGCCGAAGCCGAAGCAAUUGCCUCAAACGAGUCAUUGGAUUUAAUUCUCGUUGUUGACACUGUGAAUCCUCCUAUUGUAAAAUUGGGUGAUUAUGUUGUCUUUUUAAAACGUGCCAUUAUAAAAGAUAAACUUGGAGAAUUAAAGGAAUUGGAAAAACAAUUGGAAGAAAAGAAAAUCAAGGAAAUUAGAUUUUCUGGAGCUAUUGAAGAGCAUGAUUUGGACGUCAAGAUGAAGAAAACUGUCAAAUUUUUACUUUCUGGAAAGAAAGUCAGAAUUCUUUGUUUCCGUGUUGAAAAGGAAGAGGAAGCUUUCCAAUUAUUGAAAGAUUUCAUGAGCAAAGUUCGUGCAAAAAUUGCCAAUGAUCUUCCUGGCAUGGAUGUUAAAAAGAUUCUCGAAGAGGAAAAACCAUUCAAGCAGAAAAACGAAUAUCUUUUCAAUGUCAAGAUUAAGGACGAUGCUUUAGCAAAAAUUAAGAAGAUAACUGCUGCAUCUAAGGAUGCAGAGUAA